AUGGAAAGAAACUGCAAUCUGGAACUUGGCCUGGCAACUCCGCCGCCGUAUGAUCGUCGUAAUAAUAAUUACCGGCGGGGUACGGAGGAGGAGCAGCAGAAGUUAACUAUUUUCUACAAUGGAAGAAUGGCUGCCUCCAUUGAUGCCACUGAAUUUCAGGCUCGUGCAAUCAUCGAUCUUGCAAGCCGCGGUGGAGACAAAGAAGAGUUUGAGGGUAGUGCUGCUCAGACAUGGACAACUUUAAACCCAUUAUUAGUAUUACCAUUAUCAUCAACCAAUAAUAAUAAUAAUAAUGAUAAUAAUAAUAAUAAUACUACAUCGUCUAGGGUUUGUGUGAAGAGAUCACUGCAGAGGUUCCUUAAAAAGAGAGAAGAUAGGGCACAGUCCUUGUCUCCUUACCCUCAACCCUCCCUGCAAUAAAUUAAUUAUUUCUUAAAAACACUAUGCAUUUGGGUGUAUUUGUUGUGUACUUAGGUUAGGGUAAUUAAUUAAGGUCCUAUUUAUUUUUCAUUAUUGUUGUUUGAAUUUUUAAUUAUUUCUUGAUAGAAAUUUGGUUUGGGCUUUCGAGAAACGGCCCAUUAACUUGAAAGCCCCAAGACAUGGUCUUCUUCCUUUAUGCUCAAAUCAAUCACUCCAUCCAUCCAUCAGCUACAAAAACCAAAUGUAUAUUUUACUAUUCUUUCUUGUACGUAACUUUCUUACACGUAUUCA